CGCAAGAAGUGGCUGCAAAACAGCGCGCAGCAAAACUCCCACCGCCUCUCUGUGCUCCGUCAUGCGCCCCGGCUUUUAAAAGACUCCCGGCUGCUGCUGGGGGGGCAGCAGAUCUGUUGAUGAGGCUCUGAAAGUCAGAGUUGUGUGUGAGAUCGAGCAGUGAGAGCAGAGAGCAAGCGGAGAGGGGAGGAGAAGGAUACUUUUCCAGGUUACCGGAUCGCGCUACAUUCCAGCCUCGGAGCGCUGCGCUCAGGAGCGGAACCCGGCGUGCUGCGUCUCUCCCGCUCCCAUCGGAUCUCUGCUGUUUGGAAAGCAAUGAUGCACAGAGGAGAUCACAUUUAUUCCAAUUAGAAACAAUAAAGAACAGAGGGUGUCUGCUCCUGAGUGGAUCUGGAUUUAUCGACCAUGAGUGCUGGAUGGUGGAUGUUUGCCGGCGCUCUGGCGGGGGUCAUCGCUGUCCCCACAGGGGCACACGGAGCUUGUCUCUACGAGGGAUCGCUCUAUGCGAAUAACACCUCAUGGCGGCCCGAGUCGUGUCAGGAAUGUACCUGCUACAGCAAUGUUUCCAUCUGCAGGCCCAUCCACUGCCCAAACCCCCAGUGCAACUUCAAAAGGGGAGAGUUUUUGAGGAUUCCAGCCAACAAAUGCUGUCCAGAGUGCGUCUCGUCAUCCCAGGACUCCUGCCAGUACCAAGGAGCUACUUAUGGACAUAACAGUCAGUGGAGUGUCUCGCCCUGUUCGGUAUGCGUUUGCUCCAAAGGUGGUGUAUCCUGCCAUACUCGGCCCUGCCCCAAUGUCACCUGUUUGGGGGAUGAGAAACCAUUCAUUCCAACUGGAGAUUGCUGCCCCAAGUGUGGCCGAAAUGGAGAGCCCUGCUCUUGGCAGGGGGUGGUCUACAAGGACGGCGAGGAGUGGGAGCCCAGCAUGUGUUCCAGAUGUGUUUGCAGCAAUGGAAAAGCCCAGUGUUCAGUGGUGGAGUGUCAGCCAGUGGCCUGCAAACAACAUGAAAACCUGGUGAUCCAGCCAGGCCAAUGCUGUCCCAGAUGUGUGUCCAACCCAUGUCUCUCUGCUGGAACACAGUACCAGCACGGGGAGCAGUGGCAGAAGGACGCCUGCACCACAUGUGUAUGCGACAAGGGUCAGUCGAAAUGCCACACAACCACCUGUCAGCCAGUCCUCUGUGACAAGGGUCUGACUAAAGUGAGGCGGGCUGGUCAGUGUUGUGAGGAAUGUGCUCCUGCCAAAGGAAGCUGUCUUUACCAAGAUACAAUUCGUUACCAUGGAGAUAUGUGGAAUGGCACUGGAUGCGAGUUCUGCACCUGUAACCGAGGUCAAGUCGUCUGUCUGAGGGCAGAAUGUGGUCGUGUUGAAUGCCCACAGGAUUCAGAGCUUGUUCAUCUGCCAGGAAAGUGCUGUCCUGAAUGUUCGUCAGUGAAACCCUCCUGCCUCUAUGAGGGGAAAUCUUUCAAGAAUGGGGCCCGUUGGACUGAUGGCAGCUGCCGUGAGUGUGAAUGCCACGAUGCCCAGGUGACUUGUUAUCUUCGUUCCUGCCCCGGUUGCCCAUCAGGAACCCUGGCUGUUAUAAACGAAGGCCAAUGCUGCCCCGAGUGUCAACAGGCUCAGUGCCAUGCAGACUGCCUGUCCUGUUUGGGGACUCCUGACCGAUGUGAGAGCUGCAGAGAUCCCAAAGCAUUUCUCCAUCUGGGGCGUUGCCUGCCAGUUUGUCCAGAGGGCUACUAUGCUGAAGGACAAGUGUGUGGAGCCUGCCCAGAAUCUUGUGCCACCUGUUCUAGCAGAUGGGACUGCCAGUCCUGUGGCUCCCGACUGCCUUUUCUGGGCCCUGACAGAGACCAGUGCCUGGGUUCAUGUCCCCCUGGUUCCUACCAACACGACCACGGACGCUGUCGCAGGUGUCACGGGUCUUGUUCUGAAUGCCGUGGACCGACUGAACAGGACUGCUUAUCAUGUUCUGAUCCAGCUGCUUUGCUCAAAGAUGGAGUGUGUGUCUCUGACUGCGGUGCAGGAUACUACAACCAGGAGGGAGUCUGUUACGCUUGUGAUUCAUCCUGCGCCUCUUGUUUCCCUGACAACCCCAAAUGCAUGAGCUGCCCCGUCGGGACUGCUUUACAUCAUGGGAAGUGUAUUACUCAGUGUCCAACUCAGCAUUACAUGGACAACCACAGCAGAUGCAGAGCUUGUCACAGCUCAUGUGCUUCAUGCUGGGGUCACUCAGUUUCCCAGUGUAUCUCCUGCCCGUCUGGACUUCUGCUCCACCAGGGCCAGUGUGUGGAGUCCUGUGGGGAGGGUCUGUACCCUCAGGACAACACCUGCCACAACUGCCAUCCCUCCUGCCGUUCCUGUGUGGGACCUCUGGCCUCAGACUGCCUUGGCUGCCUUAAACCAGAGGAGGUUCUUCUGCCGCAGUAUGUUCACCUCCAACAUGGCGUCUGCACAGCUGGAUGUCCUGAACACAGCUUUGUGGACCACUUGCAGACUUGCAGAGAUUGUCAUCCCUCUUGCCAGCGCUGUACUGGUCUAUCUGCAGAAAACUGCUCGUCCUGUUCCUUCCCAUUUAGCCUGUUUGAGGGUCAGUGUGUUUCCACAUGCCCACAGGGCUUCUUCAGCCGGUACAACCAAUGCCAAGCAUGUCAUCCAUCCUGCCUGGCCUGCUCAGGCCCCUCCCAAGCCGACUGCACCUCCUGUCCCCCAGGGGCCUCCCUGCAGAGCGGCUACUGCACGACAGGCUGCCAGGAGGGCCGUUUCCUCAGCGCCUUCAGUGGAGAGUGUCUCAAGUGCAGUAAUGACUGUCAGCGCUGCACGGCGGAUCUCCAGAACGGCAUCGGCAGUGUCUGUUUGUGGUGCAAAGCAAAGAGGACCUGGCUGCUCGGUGAUCACUGCGUCCCUAGCUGUCCCCCCGAUCAUUAUCAACGGCAUGGAGCCUGCAUCAAAUGCCAUCCGUCAUGUGAGUCCUGCAGUGGAGAGGGCCAUAUGUCCUGUACUUCCUGCCCUCCCAACAGCGUUCUGCUGCCCUCUGGUCUCUGUGCUGCCAAAUGUCCCUUUGGUUACUAUGACAAUGGCCAUCGGAUCUGUCAGUCCUGUGACCAACAGUGCCUGACAUGUGACACUGCUGGGGUUUGUACAUCCUGCCGUGACCCGACCAAGGUGCUGCUCUUUGGAGAAUGCCAAUACGACAGCUGUGCACAUCAGUACUACCUAAAUGUGACGACCCGCGCCUGCAGAGAGUGCGAUUGGAGCUGCAACGCCUGCAAAGGCCCACUAAGAAGCGACUGCCUCCAGUGCAUGGAGGGAUACGUGCUGCAGGAUGGAUUGUGCACUCAGGGGUGCUCCCUCGGAUUUUACCAGGAUGGAGACAGAUGCCUCGGCUGCGACGAUCACUGUAUGAAGUGUGACAGGCCUGGAAACUGCCUGGAAUGCCAGCCUCCCUACGCCACUCUGCAGGGACAAUGUGUCCUCGAAUGUGGCAGAAAUUAUUUCCUGGACUCCUCCUCUAAAGUCUGCAAGUCUUGCUCAUCGGAUUGCGUCCAGUGUGACGGGGUGGGACGCUGCUUAAUGUGUCGUGAUCAGACAUUCCUUAUGGAAGGAUACUGCACCCCCGACUGUGGACAUGGAUACUAUGCUGAUCAGAAGACGAGAGCCUGCCACGUGAACCACCACACCCCUGUGCUCCACAUUAACGGCUCCCUGCUGGUUCCCAUCGGCGGCUCUGCUCCUCUGCUGCCCUCUCUGCUGGAGGUGAGGGAUCCAGACAGUCCCUCUGAGAGGAUGGUCUUUCAGAUUGUUCAGACACCGAAAAAUGGAGAGUUGGUCCUUUUAAUGGAGGAGGAAGCAGGAGAAAACAGAGGAAAAACAAGGCGAGAUCUGAACAGAGAAGAGACCUUCACAUGGGUACAGUUAAAGCUUGGCCGAGUUCACUUCAAGCACCUGAAAAACAAAGCCAGGACUGGUGAGUUUAUCUUACGUGUUGCAGACCCCCAGAUGUUUUCCCAACCAGCUACAGUUAAACUUCAGGCCGUAUCCAUGCAGCCCCCAAAAGUGGUGACCCUGGCUUCGUUAACCUUAGACGGCCGCGGCAGCCCGGCCACCAUCACCAAGUCUGUGCUGCAGGUCGAUGACCCUGACAAUCCUGCAGAUGUUCUAGUCAUAGUCCUCGAACCACCCCGUCAUGGCCGUUUGACCCGUCUCCAUGGCGACCGCGCUCUCGGCAGAUUCAAGCUGGAGGAACUGGCAAGGGAGCAGAUUCAGUACGUCCACGAUGGUUCAGCAGUGCUGGAGGACAGCGCCGUGCUGCAGGUGAACGACGGCCACAGCUACAGGAACAUUCUGCUCCAGGUCCGGAUAAUUCAGAGGCCUCAGGAUUCUCCUCAUCUGGUGUCUCUACCGAUGACUUGGGUCAAGGAAGGGGGGAUGGUGCGGCUCGAUAAGAAGUAUCUGCAGACAAACUUUAAAGGAGUUGGCACUGACGACAUCGUCUACAACAUCCUCUCCUCAGAAGGACAACCAAAAUAUGGGGAAGUGGUGCUCUUGUCCAUGCCAGCUGACAGCCCACCUGAAGGAUGGGACCCCUCCCAUAUCGACAAUCAGCGCUAUACACCGACCGCUUCUUUCACCCAGGAGGAUGUGAACGAUGGCACAGUCUGGUACCGCCACUUUGGAUCGAGCUACGACACAGACUCUUUCUCGUUCCAGGUUUCCUCGGAUGUUUCCCCUCUCAUACAGAGCGAUGCUCAGACUUUCACUAUCGGAGUUUUACCUCAGAUCCCAGGAUUUCCACAACUGGCACCCGACUGUGACCUGCAGAUCACAGCUCUGGAUGAUCAGGUAACAGAAAUAACACCUUCAGCCCUCUCCUUCAUCGAUGCUGGGACUCCCAGCGAGAAGCUCAUCUAUAACAUCACCAAACCACUUCUGCCCGGACAAGGGGUCAUCGAACAUCGAGACAGACCGCUCCAAGCCAUGAAACAUUUCACGCAGGCUGACGUCAACAACGGAAAAAUCAUCUACAGACCCCCGCAUGCUCCGUCACACCUCCAGGAACUCUACCAGUACUCCUUUACUGGCCUCCCGGAGUCUCUAAGUGUUUAUUUUACAGUCUCGGACGGCGAACACACCACUCCUGAGCUGGACUUUGUCAUCCUGUUGCUGUCCAAUCACCAGCAGCCGCCAGUCUUUCAGGUCCUGGACCCGCUGCUGGAAGUCAAAUUGGGGGGACAAGCUACCCUCGGAGGCCAGCUGUUGGCGGUGAGCGAUGUGGACACGGAUCCAGAUGACCUGGAGUUUGAGCUGGUUGACGCUCCCAUCCACGGAGAGUUGAUUAGGACUGAUACCAACAUCCGCAUGAUUAACGGCGACACAUUCACCUUCAGUGACAUCACCCGCAAAGUCCUCCUCUACCGGCACGCUGGCCUCUCCAACCAGGAUGACGCCAUGUCCUUCUCGGUCAGCGACGGGAUCUCCAUGGCAACCACAGUGGUGCAGGUGACGGUGCUGAGCAGCGUGAGCGAAGAGAGCGAUGGGCCGCGACGAGACCCGGCAGCUACUCUGUCGCUGGAAGUGGGCGAGAAAAGCAGCACGGUCAUCAGACGCUCACACAUAGCCUACACUGACAGCACAUCCCCUGAUGAUCAGAUCCACAUCGAGCUGGUGUCUGUGCCCAUGUACGGCAUCCUGACCAGGACCUAUUCCCAGCAGGAGCCUCAGGAGCUGAGGGAGUAUUCAUCCUUCACCCAGGAGGACGUCAACCUGUACAGGAUCAGGUACACCACCUCACUAGAGACAGGAAGUCAGCCGGUCACAGACAUCUUCCAUUUUGUUGUCCAUGACGAAGACAGCAACCGCCUUGACAACCAGAUGUGCACAAUUACCAUCACCUCCAUGCCCAGACAGCCGCCAGUGGUCACCGUGCAAGGAGGCAUCAAGGUCCAGGAAGGUGGCCGUGUGCUGCUGUCCACCAAUCACAUCACAGUAUCGGACGUGGAGACGCCUGCAGCGGAUCUGCAGAUCUGGCUCGUCAGCCCUCCCAAAUACGGCUACAUUGAAAACACAAAGAGAGGCGGCUCAGUCGGGGGCUCACACAUUGUUGCUCCAAAUGUUCCUUUUUCUUUGGAGGACCUGGUGUCUGAUCACAUCUUCUACGUCCAGAACCAUCAGAAACCUCAGGCCAACAGGGAUGUUUUCAGCUUAUACAUCAGUGACGGAUACAGCCAGACGGAAGCAUUCACUGUGGAGAUCGAGAUCCAGAGUAAAGCCGAACCAGAGCUGACGGUUUCAGUGAGCAGCAUCCAUGUGGAGGAAAACUCCGGAGUCGUCAUCACCAACUCGUCUCUCAGUGUCUUCGACGAAGACACACCGGAAAAUGAAUUAUUAUUUACCAUCAUCCGGAUUCCCGCCUACGGUAAACUGCGUCGGCGGCAAUUCUACUCCCAGCCUCUGGAAAACGGACGCAUCCUCACACAGGGCUCCACCUUCACCUACCAGGACGUCCUGGACCAGCUGCUGGUCUACACACCUGAAACUGUCAACGGGGGAGCUGAUGAAAUGGGCUUCACCGUCACCGAUGGCAUCAAGACCCAGACGGGCCUCUUGCAGUUCACCAUGGAUGUCAGGAAGAGUGAGGGACCUCGAAUGACCGUCAACAGAGGCCUGCAGCUUCCAGCAGGAUCCUUGUCUAAAAUCACAGAGCAGAAUCUGAAGGCUACAGACAUCGACUCGGACAACAUGAAGCUGCGCUACAUCCUGACCAAAGACCCUCCAGUGGGCAAGCUGCAGCUGGGCAGGAGCAGCCAUGUGGAGAAGGUUUCUACCAAAGGUCCUGUUCAGAGUUUCACUCAGGAGGACGUCAACAAAGGCCUGCUGCAGUACAGCCAUGAGAAAGGGGAGAAAGGAGGGAUUCUGUCUUUCAAGUUCAACCUGGUCGAUCCGGAGGGCAGCAAACUGAUCGACCAGUCCUUCUUCAUCAGCGUUCUGGAGGAUCAUCUUCCUCCUGUGGUGGUAAACAAAGGCCUGGCGCUGGAUGAGAACUCUGUGAAGAAGCUGACCACGCUGCAGCUGUCUUCCAGCGACCAGGACAGCGAACCGGGCGAGCUUGUCUACCGGAUCACGAAGCAGACCACCCUGGGGCAGCUCGAACAUGUUACCAAUCCAG